UAAUGACUCUAUUCGUAUAACAAGCGACUCCCAACAACAAACUGGCACAAGGAAACCGACGUAACUUCUCGAUUUUGCGGUCAUUGCUAAUCUUGCUUUACCGGAGUAUAAAAACAGAACCUCUCACAACCAGUCCAGUCUCCAGCAUCAAUAUGCGGCUUAAUAUUGCAACCACUUUCAUGUCGAUGCUGCUUGUAUGCAGCUGCACCAAAUUACCCUCCAGUUUCAAGAAAUGUAACGCCAAAGAUAGUGGGUUUAACAAAUGUUUGAGUGAGGCGAUUCACAAUGCGAUUCAACAGUUGAACAAGCCCAUCCCGGCGCUGGGUUUACCCAGUUUGAACCCGUUUCGACUACCCACGUUCCAGAUGAGAGUUGGGAAUCGGAAGGAGGGUUUAGAGCAACUGUGGAAGAAUGUGACUCUUCAUGGUCUGACUAAACCAACAACAACGAUAGCAAAAUGGAGUUUUGGUUCCGAAAAUACGUUACAACUGGAUGUAAGCUUUCCAGUGGUCCAGUUCGACUCAGACUUUGAAGCCCAUGGAAGGGUGGUUUUGUUGGCAGUAGAUGUAGAUACGACAUUUAGAAUCACUUAUGAAAAACCCACCUUCAAACUGACCUUUAAGAUGAUUGAAUCUGGUCAAGGUUCUAAACAUUUCAAACUCGUCAGUACUAAAUUGGACAUGCUACCCCAAAAGGCGACGUUUGCUUAUAAUUUGUUCGACAAUAAAGUUCUGAAUGACCAGAUUAACGAAGAAUCGAGUAAAAAGUUUAUGGAGACUUUGGGGUACAUUAGGGAAGAUUUGGCCGCUUUUGAACCCUUUUUCGGGAACUUGCUUAGUGCUGUCUUGGAGAAGGUACCCAUCAGUGACCUUAUUGAUGGUCUCAACUAAAACUACUACUUUAUUGUUGUCGAUUUUGUAAAUUUGGUGAACAUAUUUACGUUGUUAUCGAAUGAAUAAGAAAGACAAAAAUUCUCAAAACA